UCUCUCUCUCUCUGCUUUCCCCUACUUUCCAAUCAUCUCAUCCCAUACCAUUCAUGUAGAAGGUCGAUCUUUCUGCUGCUGAUGCUGAUGCUCUUCUUUGAUAUGGGUCGUCAAUCAGAAGAAGAAGGCGGAGCGGACAGUCGAUGAAGAAGAGGAGGAGAUCAGAGAAGAUGGAGCAGCGGAAGUGCGGUUGCUGGGCAGUGUGGAGGCAGGCAUGCAAGAAGAAGAAGCCAGCAUCAUCCUCUUCUUCUGCCAACACGAACGCCCUCCCUCGAACCAAUCUUGUCUACAAUGACGAUGCAGCGAUUGAGACCCGGUACCUGAAUGCUAGCAACCGGGAGCUCUCUGCUCCUCAUGAAGCCCUUGAGAUCCCAGCCGACAAUGUUGCCGAGAAGAGAGCUUUCCCCCAGUUGCUUCAGUUCACUUUCCAGGAGCUCAAAUCUGCUACCGGCAACUUCAGACCUGAUAGCAUUCUUGGGGAAGGUGGGUUCGGGUUUGUUUUCAAGGGAUGGAUUGAAGAGAAUGGAACGGCCCCUGCAAAACCAGGCACGGGUGUCACCGUUGCAGUGAAAAGCUUGAAGCCGGAUGGUCUUCAAGGCCACAGGGAAUGGGUGGCGGAAGUCGACUUCCUAGGGCAGCUUCAUCACCCGAAUCUCGUUAAACUUAUUGGAUACUGCAUUGAAGAUGACCAGCGGCUCCUUGUCUAUGAAUUCAUGGCGCGAGGAAGUCUUGAAAACCAUCUCUUUAGAAGGGCUCUACCUCUUCCAUGGUCCAGCAGGUUGAAGAUUGCACUUGGUGCAGCUAAAGGGUUGGCCUUUCUCCACGGAGGUGCUGAACCAGUCAUUUAUAGGGACUUCAAAACGUCCAACAUUCUGCUAGACUCGGAAUAUAAUGCAAAGCUUUCGGAUUUUGGUCUGGCAAAAGCUGGGCCUCAGGGAGACAAAACACAUGUUUCUACCAGGGUUGUGGGAACAUAUGGUUAUGCUGCACCAGAGUAUGUGAUGACUGGGCACUUGACGUCUAAGAGCGAUGUCUACAGUUUUGGGGUUGUGUUACUUGAGAUUCUAACUGGCCGAAGAUCCAUGGACAAGAAACGACCCAGUGGGGAGCAAAACCUAGUUGCUUGGGCUCGGCCAUAUCUAGGCGACAAGCGGAAGCUUUUCCAACUGGUGGACCCUCGCUUGGAACUCAACUACUCCAUCAAAGGAAUGCAGAAGGUUGCACAGAUAGCCUACUGCUGCCUCAGCAGGGAUCCCAAAUCUCGCCCCUCGAUGGAUGAAGUUGUGAAGGGUCUGACACCAUUGCAAGAUCUCAGUGACCUUGCUAUCUUGUCUUUCCAAUCUCGUUCUCAACAAGGUCGGCGCAAGAAGAAAUCAGAUGCCAACAGGCAGCUAUCCCAUGCACAACCGAAUAAUAGCAUCAAGGAUUCUCCAUUCAUGACAUGUAAUCAACAUUGUAGGUAAUCCAGUUUGAUGAAUGUUUUUCAAGUACAAGCUUAGUCUGUCCCCCUACAUAUAUUUAUCUUAAUUGGCUGGAUCGUUAAUGCAAUUGUUGUGAUAAAAUUUCUCCCUUGGGAAAUAGGGUGAGGACAAUUUGCAGA